UCUGGCGAAAUCAACACCAGUCCGUGUGAGUCCGAGUCGACCUCCAAUUCACCCCCCUCGUUACUACAAGAUGCAACAUUGCCCGCGCUCCUAGUCUCUGGUUCCUCGACGCUGUUCCAGAACACGGCUAGUUCGACGAACACGGCUCUAAGCCUGUCCACUGACGGGUUAUGCUUGCCUGGUAGUUCUGAAGACUGUGUGGUCUCGAACGGAUGCGCCACAAGCACUUCGCUGGGGCUGGCUCUGCCGCUGACGUCAACUGGACUGUCUACCACCUCCUCGUCCGCGGUAGCCUGGUUGAUGAAUGAAGAUAGUGCGGGUGGAGUCAAGAGCGAGGUGCGCAGCCCCGGGCUGUGCGAGGGCGAAGUGGCGCUCUACGGGGAGUCCCUGCCUUAUGAGCAGACCGCGCUACCGUACCAGUACUAUAAUAGUAUGCAGCAGUAUGGAGGAGGAGGCGCUGCGUCGUCGUACGUCGGCUCAACGUUGUACAACCAGCCUUACGCUGCGUACCCAUCACCGCACAAUACUAACAAUAGGUCAUCUUGUAAAGCGGCGCCGACGUACCUCAGCGCGUACGGCGUGAGCGGCGUUAGCAGCGUGCCCAGCAGUGGGUUCAGUGCACAGCCGUCACCGUACGCGUAUUCCUCGUACAACGGUGGACUGUCGCAGACCUUCCCCACGGCGCAGCAGGACUACAGUAGUUAUGCAGCCGGCUACGCGGAACACAACGUAGCUCAAUACGGCGGGUACUAUGCGACGCCCAGUUACUCACCCUACGUCAGCUCGCCUAGUAGCAGCGGCAGCGCUGGUCACACCUCCUACCACUUAGGAGGUGCCUUAUCAGAUUCUCCGUCAUCCAUGUUACCUUCUAUAAACGACACAAGCCCCCUAUCGCCAAUUAAAAGUGAAAUACACGCAGCAAGUCGGAGAUGUAGAGAAAAUUCUGGAGAGAGCACAGCAAGCAGAUCCCGAGGCAGAGGCAGACGGAACACCUCCUCGUCGCCUGCCCAGCACGUGCCCGAGCCCGCUACGGACAGAGUGUUCAUCUGGGAUCUAGACGAAACGAUUAUUAUCUUCCACUCGCUGCUCACGGGCACUUACGCUACUAAGUACAAUAAGGAUACACAACAAAUAGUUCAAUUAGGUUUCAGAAUGGAAGAAAUGAUAUUUAGUUUGGCUGACACGCAUUUCUUCUUCAAUGAUGUUGAGGACUGCGACCAGGAGCACAUAGACGCGGUAGCAGCAGACGACAACGGGCAAGACCUAUCAGCUUACAACUUCACCUCGGACGGCUUCCACGCGGGCGCGGCGGGGGCGGGGCUUUGUGCUCCAGGGGUACGGGGGGGCGUCGACUGGAUGAGGAAGCUGGCCUUCCGGUACAGGAAGAUUAAGGACACCUACAAUAACUACAGGAACAGUGUGGGCGGCCUCCUCGGACCAACGAAGAGAGAACAGUGGCUACAACUGCGAGCGGAGUUAGAACAAGCAACCGACAACUGGCUAACUCUGGCCUGCAAGUGCCUGAAUAUGAUCAACUCCAGGGAGAACUGCGUGAACGUGCUAGUGACGACGACGCAGCUGGUCCCAGCGCUGGCCAAGGUGCUACUGUUUGGAUUAGGAGGCGUGUUCCCCAUUGAAAACAUCUACUCCGCCACCAAGACAGGCAAAGAAACAUGCUUCGAGAAAAUAAAGCAGCGUUUCGGCGAACGGUGUACGUACGUAGUAAUAGGCGACGGCCAAGACGAAGAAGCGGCUGCCAAGGCCAAGAACUAUCCCUUUUGGAGGGUGUCCAGCCAUUCUGACAUAGCUGCGUUGUACAACGCGCUCGAUAUGGGCUUCUUAUGAUUUGCUGCUGCCCUGGUACACGGUUUUGUUGCGACGUGCAAACGUGCGAAUGGAUCGAGCUCCUCCUAUGUGUUUAUGGCCGCCUGGUACUUCAGAUUCAGUUUGUUAAGAAAUUUUGCACAGUAAACAAUAGAAAAUCUGAUCAAAAUACUAUUCAACCAAAAAUGUGUAAAUGCCAUUCUCAUUUAAAAAUGGUU